ACUAAACCUCUCAGGCUCACAGCUACAUCAUACCCAACUGCUCUCGAGCCCCCCAAUCAGGCACAAUCAUCAAUCCCUAAUCCCUUGCUGCCACCGCUACUGCUACUGCUACCACCUGGGACCCUGUGGCUCCUCCAAUAAAUGCCCCCGCCAUUCUCGCUCGAUCUUGGUCCUUUUCAAAACGAACUCUUUGCUUGUCUAAAUACCAAGAGACCACUGUACACAUUUGUCCUUCGACCCGAUCCUCACCCCUUCACUUGUGAUCUCGACCUUAGCGUAUCAGCAGUACUUCUUUCGCCAUGAACCCUCAUCAGAAGAACAAGGUCGACGUCAAGUCACUCACUCCUGAGGAGCAGCGUCUUUUCCGCCUCUACGGCAAGCUGCCCUCUCGAUCCGACCACUUCGCCAAGCAUCUCAAGGACCGCAAAUACUUCGACUCGGGCGACUAUGCCAUGUCCAAGGCCGGCAAGGGCGACGGCGUUGAUGCGGGUGCCGUCGGCUCUCAGCACCCAGUCCCCGAGAACAUUCCCCACCUCUCUUCCCCGGUGAACGGCUCCGGAGCCAACGUACCCAAGCACGCCCACCACGGCUCCGUGCCCGGCAUCCAGGCUGGCAGCCCUAUCAAGGAGAGCAGCUUCCUCAAGAGCGAGACAAGCGCUGACGAGACCGAGGGUAAUGAUGCCGACAAGUCCAAGGAUGCAGACGCUGCUAUACCUGAGCCUGUUACCGCUGGCGGCGAGGGCAUCCCAAUCCGACGAUAGAGCGUUGAAUGAAAAUGGUAAAAGAAAAGUGCAACUGAGCAGGAACAAAGAAAGAGUAUUAUUAUUUUUUUCAUUUUUUUUUUUUUUUUUUCAUUUUUGUCUCGCAAAACAUGAAACGUUUGUUUCUUUUGUAAGAAGCCUUGUGCGUGGGCUUGUGGUGGAUUGCGAAAUCGGUUUUGACGACUUACGAGGAUCGCACAGUUGGCGUUUGGGAAUUGGCAGAUAAUCUGGCUCGCACACAUGGGGGACAUAUCUCGAUCUGGAAUCAUCGGAUAGAUUGUUUGACAGCGGCAGGGUGGGAGAAACACCACACUCUCCGCAAAUGGUUAUCAUGUUCAUUUGGUCGUUUAGCUACCUGCUUCGUUUCAGAAGUAUCCUUCUAUUUCCAUUCCCUUUUUUAUUCCUCCCUUUUGUCUUCGCGUGUAGUAUUCCCCGGAACUUUUGUAUUUCCCCAUGAUCUCGUAGAAAUGUUCAUACACCCUAAAUGGUUUCCAGGUGGUGAUGCUCUUUUCAGGGACCCAGAGCCUUGAGCGCCAUUUGCUUGGCACCCUCGAAAGUCUUGUUGCCACCAAUGAAGCCAGCUGCAUGGACAAAGACGCAGCCAGGAAUGCCACUGAUGCCAUCUAGCUCAGCAUCGCGGAAUCCUCUCCAUGCCUCGGGCAAGGGCUUUCGACUGACGAAUGAGUCCUUGCUCUCAGGAACGCACUGGAUACGCCACUUGGCGCCAGGCUCAGGCUUCUCAGCGUACAAAACGUAGAGCACCGAAGGAGUACCGUCCUCGAGAGUAUAGAGGUGGUCCUUCCAGGGCACAGACUGGCCUUCGAGGACAAGAAGACGGCCCUGCUCGUCGUAUUGUGUGCGCUUGGUGAAGGCUUCCUGGACAAUGGUGCGGGCAGGGAGCCAAGAACCGGCAUAGCCGUCAAGAUCUCUGUCGAACUCCUCGCCAAUGCGGUUGCUGGCCUCGUUGAACUUGGCAUCCUCAGCUGCCUGAGCCUCAGCGGGAUCAGAUGGCGUAGGGUCGUUCCACUUGGGGUUCAGACGUCCGACCAUGGCACCAAGGCCAAAGGCGCCAUCGCUGAAGCGUUUCUCAAGACCUGCAGCGGCGAUACCCGCAGGGUCGAAAACAGAAAUACCAUUGUCGUGGGCGUCGAGGGCUUCAACGAAGUUCUCGUACAGUUUCUCGUAAAUCAAUUCAACGUCGGCAGAGUCCUCGGGUUGUCCAAGGCGCUCAGCAACGAUGGCGCGGCCAAAGUGCAGGAAGACAAGACCGGCGCUGGAGAGCUUUGUAGGGCGACCGGGAAAGGUAGUUGUGAAGCCGCGCUGAUGAUGAUCGAAACGGCGCUUCUCAGCGUCGUACUCACCGCCAACGUCGACAACAGUGUGGCAGGUAGCCAGGACGGCAGGGUCGCGGGUACGGACAAGAGAGGCAUCGCGGUAGGCGGGGAGACGGCGGAGCAUGUGGACGGCGAGGGCCUCGUCAGCGUGGAAGUGGCCAUUGUGAGUGCCGAUGAGAGGACCGUUGCCCGUGGUCUUGACGCGCUUGGAUGCUGAUUCGGCCAUGGUGGUGAAGAGGCGACGGAGCAUGUACGUCUUUGGUGGUUUGUCGCUGUGGUUGUGUAUGAAGUUGAGGAGGAGGCAGAAAAAGUUGUUGAAGUUAUCAAGGUGCGGGGGACAAAAAUAAGUGGCACAGAUGAUGAAACCGCAACGAUUUGCAGUGGCGCUAACGCUAUCAAUUGGCAGUUAUUCACCAAAAUCUAGGCAGUUUAAUAGUAUGAAGGUACUCUGGUAUUGUCCAA